AUUUAGCGCUUCUAGCGUCACCCGUGAGCCCCGGGGGUAACUUAUCUGUGGCCGUGACCAAGCCGGGCUAGCUAGCGCUCCUGCCGCUGUGACUCCUCGCGCUUUGUGACACCAUACUGUGACAACGAAUGACAAGCGCACAUCGGAAGCCAUCGGUUCCAGGAUGGCAAUUCCUGGCCAUCCUCAGGAUGUUUCUCCUAGCGCUUCUUGAGCUGUUUUGGGGACUGCUCACAUGGCCGUUCGUGCGGCGUCGUGAAAUACCGCAACUUCUCUACGUGGAUACGGAGCGAAAUCGCGAGUUGGUCGAGCGCACUCGAGGCGUGCUGAAAGGCUAUUCGCCAACGCCAUGGGCGAGUGGACCUAACGCGCAAACCUUUUUCUCAGUAAUCCACCUCGGAGCACGACCGGUUCCGCGCAAGGAGCUUGUGACAAUGAGCGAUGGAGUCCAAGUCAUUCUUCUCUGGUUUGAGGGCCCAGGCAUCAAGCCUGACGCGCCCUGCGUCAUCUCGCUGCACGGUAUCGGCGGCGAUGAGCACAGCGUGCGGCCAAUCAUGCUGGCUGAGGAGUGUCUAAAGCGUGGCUGGCGCAGCGUGAUGUAUGUGCGGCGCGGCCACGGCGACAGCUCGCUGCUCCCUGUGGGAGCUGUGGCGCCAAGCGGUGGCGGUGCAGAUGAGACUACGAAAGCCGCCGGCAGUGCCGACGGCAACACCUUUCAUUCGCCGUUGUACGCGGGGCCAUCCGCCGGCAAUGCCGCCGUCACCGACGCUGGCAAGGGCCAGCGCCAAGGACCGGGGCCGAUUGCGGAGGCAACGGAGGCGGACAGCCAGCGCAGGAGCGCCAGCGGCCACGGCGACGGCUCCGCAGCAGCCAUCAGCACACCGGCACUAGGCGACGGCACCGACGGCACCAACACGCCAGUCGCCGGCACGGCCACUGCGGCCACCGUCACCGCCGCCGACACCGCCACGGUGACCACCAACAGCGCGCUGCUGCGCGGCGCAGGCGGCAGCGCCUCGUCCCUGGACUCACUGGCGCACUGCCUUCCGAAGAAUUUCAACCUCAACCUUGCCAUGGCCCUGCAGCGCGCCGGCGGCGGCAGCAGCGGCGCUCAGCCGCCCGCAUCGCAGCAGCACCACCACAACCAGCAGCCUCCCGGCACACCCACCUCGCUGGCAACAUCCAUGGCGGCGGGCGUGGCCGGUUGCAUCGGCGGCGGCAGCGGCAGGGCCACGCCGCAGCGGGUCCAGCUGGACCCGGAGGUGCUCAAGGCCACGCGCAAGGCGUUCCCGCAGCACGCCGACACGGAGGACUUCCAGGCGGUGCUGCAGCACAUCCACGCCGUGCUCCCGGAGGCGCCGCUGGUCGCUGUGGGCUUCUCCAUGGGCACCAACGUGCUGGUGAAGUUCGUGGGCGAGGUGGGCCCCGACCCCAACAAGAACCCGCUGACGGGCGCGGUCAGCGUGUGCAACGGCUACGACAUCGUGGAGGGCACGCGCCAUCUGGUGUCCAGCCGCGCGCUGGCGGACCGCGUCAUCACCGCCUCGCUACACAAGCUGCUGCGGCGCAAGCUGCCCGAGGUGCACGCCAUCUGCGCCGCACACGGCGUGCUGGUGGACUUUGACGAGGUGCUGUCCUGCAAUACCAUCCGCGACUUUGAGCGGGCGCUGAUGCUGCCCAUCUACGGCCACGACGACAUCGACACCUACUACGAGCACAACAACUGCAAGGACGCGCUCAAGACGGUGGCCACGCCGCUGCUGUGCAUGUCGGCCAAGGACGACCCGAUCAUUGACCCCAAGCUGCUGCGGCACGCGGAGGAGGCCGCCAGCACCAACCCCAACGUCAUCCUGGCCGUCACCGAGCGCGGCGGACACCUGGGCUGGAUGCGCGGCUGGCGCGGCCGCAGCUGGAUGAUGGAGGUGAUCAUCCAGUACGUGGAGGCGAUCGUCGCGACGCAGGCGCACCAGCCAAAGGAAAAUGUCGCCCCCGUGAAGAGUGAGCAGCCGCAGCCGCAGGGCGCAGCUUCACCGUCUGCCCUCGAGCGCAGCCCGCAGCGCAGCGGCAGCCUGCCGGAGACUGCCGAAGUGCCCAAGUCGUUGGGGGCUGCAAGCGACGCCGCCGCCACCGCCACUGUUGCCAUCUUAGCGAGCGCCGCUGCUGCAGUGCGGGCAGCCCCCGACCAGGCUCCGGACGCGGCGAUGCAGGUAGCGGCGGAGCCGCUGCCGCAGGAGAAGGACGCCAUCUCAGAGACUGAUCGCACGGGUGCACCUGAUGCAGGGUCAAGCGCUGCCGCCGGGGACAACAGCCCCCGCGCAGGCGGCCCUGCUGCAGGCGCCGAGGAGGGUGCGCCGGCUGGUGGUCUGGGUGCCGUGCUGGCGGCGUUGUCUGGUGGUAUGGGGCACCGGCGCAGCGGCUCCACUAGCAGCACUGCUGCGGGAGCAAGCACCGCUGCGGCCUCGGGGCACGCCGAGCAGGGCGGCGACAAGAAAGCGCUGAAUAGGGCGCAGCAGGAGCGUGGUCUGGGCUUGGGCGAAGUCGUGGUGCAGCUUGAUGAGUAAUUUAUCAGCUACUGCAUACCGUGCAUUGUUUCUGUGUUUGAGGAGUAUCAAGUCUAGUUUGUCGGCAUCGGCAUGGCUUCUUGGCAGCAAAUCGACACUAUGGUCGCUUGUGAUGAUGCGUCGGACAUACGGUAGCUGUGCACUGCUUGCAGCACAUGACAUGACCACAUUGUGCUCCUGCUGUGGGGCCCACUGCGUCUCGCACCAUCUUAAGUGAACGUCAAAGAGGGAUAAGGCGCACGUGAGCAGAUUCCUACAGUCCAACCUUGAGAGCAUGGAAACUAACCCCACCACGUCUGGCACGUAUCCUUCAUGGCACUGCAGCUUAACGGGGCCUGCGUCUCCCUGUGCAGUGGCUAACAUUUCGGCCACCAUUUUGUGCGUUCUGGAGUUUUCGGCGACUGGGUCAUUAUGUUUGUACGUUUUAUACGCCCAGCAAAGGCUUCGAAAGGCGUUUGGAUUGCUAGACGACACAAUGCGUACGACACUGGGUGCACCGCGCGCGUACACACGCUUGCAUCAUCGAGAGGCUGUGUUUGGAAGUAUGGCAAGCGCCAGCUUUUGCAACAUGUAUUCUUUCCAGUUAAUCCCCCGUCUUUUAGGAUUGGUUUGUACAUAAGGUGUUGAGAAUGCAGGAACGAGGAAUACGGUAGCAACAGCGGACUGAAAUGGACUAGGCAGCUGGUUGCAGAGAUACGGGAUGCAGCUAGAUGGUUUCGACGAAGGCUUUGCGGUUGAUCGGGUUUGUGUUCCAGGUUGGCACUUGUUAUUUUGACCUGGGGACUCAUCUUUACUCCUUGUAUGGGCCUACAACCGCGCUCACCGCGUAUGUGAAGAAGCCGCCAGGAGGAUUGCACCAGGCAGCGCAUGGCAUGCAGGAGCCCGGAGCGCGGGGCCUGUGGUGGCACCCACACCGGCGCCCAGCCAGGCUUGCGGGUGUGCUGGCGGCCUAGACCGGGGCCUACCGGGUCUGGCGGUCCAUGUAACACGGCAAUAGA